AUGAAUCGCCAGUUCCCAUACUCCAGCGCCCCGCUCCGCUCCGUGAAAGAAGUGCAAUUUGGUUUGCUUUCUCCUGAAGAAGUGAGGGCUAUUUCGGUCGCCAAGAUCGAGUAUCCGGAAACUAUGGAUCAGACCACUAAAAGACCAAGGGACGGCGGUUUAAACGACCCUAGAUUGGGUUCAAUCGACCGUAACUUCAAGUGUCAGACCUGUGGUGAGGACAUGGCCGAGUGUCCAGGACACUUUGGCCAUAUUGAGUUGGCCAAGCCUGUUUUCCACAUUGGUUUCAUCUCAAAGAUCAAAAAGGUCUGUGAAUGUGUGUGUAUGCACUGUGGAAAGCUCUUGGUGGACGAGUCCAACCCGUUGAUGGCCCAGGCUAUCCGCAUCAGAGAUCCAAAGAAGAGAUUUAAUGCUGUUUGGAACGUGUGUAAAACCAAAAUGGUUUGUGAGGCGGACGUAAUCAACGAAGAGGGCGUGGUCACCUCGGGAAGAGGCGGAUGUGGUCACACACAGCCAACUGUUCGUAGAGAUGGUUUGAAGUUAUGGGGAACUUGGAAGCAAAACAAGUCCUUUGACGAAAACGAGCAGCCCGAGCGUCGUUUGUUGACUCCUUCUGAGAUUUUGAGCGUCUUAAGACACAUUAGUGCUGAGGACUGUCAAAUGAUGGGUUUCAACGAGGAUUACGCUCGACCCGAGUGGAUGUUGAUCACAGUUUUGCCUGUGCCUCCUCCACCGGUUAGACCCUCGAUUGCUUUCAACGACACUGCUAGAGGUGAGGAUGAUUUGACAUUCAAGUUGGCCGAUAUUCUUAAGGCCAACAUCAAUGUUCAACGUCUUGAAAUGGAUGGUUCGCCACAGCACGUUAUCAGUGAAUUCGAGGCAUUGUUGCAAUUCCAUGUUGCAACAUACAUGGACAACGAUAUCGCUGGCCAACCCCAGGCUCUCCAGAAGACCGGUCGUCCUAUCAAGUCCAUUAGAGCAAGAUUGAAGGGUAAGGAAGGAAGAUUGAGAGGUAACUUGAUGGGUAAGCGUGUGGACUUCUCUGCUCGUACCGUCAUUUCUGGUGAUCCAAACCUUGAUCUUGAUCAAGUGGGUGUUCCUCUUUCCAUCGCAAGAACCUUGUCAUACCCGGAAAUCGUCACCCCAUACAACAUCCACCGCUUGACGGAGUAUGUUCGUAAUGGUCCUAAUGAGCAUCCUGGUGCCAAGUAUGUUAUUCGUGACACCGGUGACCGUAUUGACUUGAGAUAUAACAAGAGAGCAGGUGAUAUUGCUUUGCAGUACGGUUGGAAAGUGGAGCGGCACUUGAUGGAUGAUGACCCUGUGUUGUUUAACCGUCAACCUUCUUUGCAUAAAAUGUCCAUGAUGGCGCAUAGAGUAAAGGUGAUGCCCUACUCUACAUUCAGAUUGAACUUAUCUGUCACAUCUCCAUACAACGCAGAUUUCGAUGGAGAUGAGAUGAACUUGCAUGUCCCACAAUCCUCAGAGACCAGAGCUGAAUUGUCACAGAUUUGUGCUGUGCCAUUGCAGAUUGUGUCUCCACAAUCCAACAAGCCUGUCAUGGGUAUUGUGCAAGAUACUUUGUGUGGUAUUCGUAAAAUGACCUUGCGUGACACGUUCAUUGAUUAUGAACAAGUCAUGAACAUGUUGUAUUGGAUUCCAAACUGGGAUGGUGUCAUUCCUCCUCCUGCUGUUAUCAAGCCAAAGCCUUUGUGGACUGGAAAGCAGUUGUUGUCAAUGGCUAUUCCUAAGGGAAUCCACUUGCAAAGAUUUGACGAUGGCAGAGAUAUGCUCAGUCCGAAGGACAAGGGUAUCUUAAUCGUCGAUGGUGAGAUCAUAUUCGGUGUCGUUGAUAAGAAGACUGUCGGUGCCACUGGUGGCGGUUUAAUCCAUACUGUCAUGAGAGAAAAGGGUCCAAAGGUCUGCGCGCAAUUGUUUAGUUCUAUUCAGAAAGUGGUGAACUACUGGCUUUUGCACAAUGGUUUCUCUAUUGGUAUUGGUGAUACAAUUGCCGACAAGGAGACCAUGAAGAAUGUCACAACUACAAUUCAGGAAGCUAAGCAGAAGGUCCAGGAGAUUAUUAUGGAUGCCCAGCUGAACAGAUUGGAGCCUGAACCAGGUAUGACCUUGAGAGAAUCUUUCGAGCACAAUGUCUCUCGUGUUCUUAAUCAAGCUCGUGAUACCGCAGGUCGUUCGGCAGAAAUGAACUUGAAGGACUUGAAUAACGUGAAACAGAUGGUGACGUCUGGUUCUAAGGGUUCGUUCAUUAACAUUUCUCAGAUGUCUGCUUGUGUGGGUCAACAGAUUGUGGAAGGUAAGCGUAUUCCUUUUGGUUUUGGUGAUCGUACUUUGCCUCACUUUACCAAGGAUGAUUACUCUCCGGAGUCUAAGGGUUUUGUGGAGAACUCCUACUUGAGAGGAUUAACACCUCAGGAGUUUUUCUUCCACGCUAUGGCUGGUAGAGAAGGUCUUAUCGAUACUGCAGUCAAGACUGCUGAAACUGGUUACAUUCAACGUCGUUUGGUCAAGGCCUUGGAAGACAUUAUGGUUCACUACGAUGGUACUACCAGAAACUCUUUGGGUGAUAUCAUUCAGUUCGUUUAUGGUGAGGACGGAAUGGAUGGUACAUCUGUUGAGAAGCAAUCAGUGGAUACCAUUCCAGGCUCUGAUUUCAAUUUUGAGAAGCGUUAUCGUAUUGAUGUUUUGGACCCAUCACACUCUAUUUCGGAGUCGUUGUUGGAUUCUGGAAAGGAGAUCAAGGGUGACGUUAAAUUGCAGAAGGUCUUGGACAAAGAGUACGAUCAAUUGCUUAAGGACCGUCAAUACUUGAGAGAUGUUUGCUUCCCCAACGGUGACUACAAUUGGCCAUUGCCUGUUAACUUGCGUCGUAUCAUCCAGAAUGCUCAACAAAUCUUCCAUAGUGGAAGACAAAAGGCAUCCGACUUGAGACUUGAUGAGAUUGUUGAAGGUGUUAAAGCUCUUUGCACUAAGCUUCUCGUUGUCCGUGGUAAAUCCGAGCUUGCUAAAGAAGCUCAGGAAAACGCGACAUUGUUGUUCCAAUGUUUGUUGCGUUCCCGUUUGGCUGCCCGUCGUGUCAUUGAAGAAUUCAAGCUCAACAGAAUUUCUUUCGAAUGGGUCUGUGGUGAAAUUGAAACUCAAUUUCAAAAAUCCAUUGUUCACCCUGGUGAAAUGGUCGGUGUCAUUGCUGCUCAGUCUAUUGGUGAACCAGCAACACAAAUGACCUUGAACACUUUCCAUUAUGCCGGUGUUUCUUCCAAGAAUGUGACAUUGGGUGUUCCUAGAUUAAAGGAAAUUCUUAACGUUGCAAAGAAUAUCAAAACUCCCGCUCUUACGGUUUACUUGCAACCUGAGAUCGCCGCAGACAUUGAGAAGGCCAAGGUUGUGCAAUCCGCGAUUGAGCAUACGACAUUAAAGAAUGUCACCUCCGCUACUGAGAUUUUCUACGAUCCUGAUCCAAGAAGUACUGUCAUCGAAGAGGACUACGACACUGUUGAAGCUUACUUUGCAAUUCCUGAUGAGAAGGUUGAGGAGACAAUUGACAACCAGUCUCCAUGGUUGCUUCGUCUUGAAUUGGAUAGAGCUAAGAUGUUAGAUAAACAAUUGACUAUGGCUCAAGUUGCUGAGAAGAUUUCUCAGAACUUUGGUGAGGAUUUGUUUGUAAUCUGGUCUGACGAUACUGCUGACAAGUUGAUCAUUCGUUGUCGUGUAAUCCGUGAUCCUAAGUUGGAAGAAGAAGGCGACCACGAAGAGGAUCAAAUCUUGAAGCGCGUGGAGGCACAUAUGUUGGAAUCUAUCUCUUUGCGUGGUAUUCCAGGUAUUACAAGAGUGUUCAUGAUGCAGCAUAAGAUGAGUUUGCCAGAUGAGACGGGAGAUUUUACCCAACGUCAAGAGUGGGUUUUGGAAACUGAUGGUGUCAACUUGGCCGAGGUUAUCGCUGUUCCAGGUGUUGACGCUACUCGCACUUACUCGAACAAUUUCAUUGAAAUUCUUUCUGUGUUGGGUAUCGAGGCUACCAGAUCUGCAUUGUUCAAGGAAAUUCUUAAUGUUAUUGCUUUCGAUGGUUCUUACGUCAACUACCGUCAUAUGGCAUUGCUCGUGGAUGUGAUGACCGCUCGUGGUCACUUGAUGGCUAUCACGCGUCACGGUAUUAACAGAGCCGAAACUGGCGCUUUGAUGAGAUGUUCUUUCGAAGAAACGGUGGAGAUCUUGUUGGAAGCUGGUGCUGCAGCAGAGCUUGACGAUUGCCGCGGUAUUUCUGAGAACGUUAUUUUGGGCCAGAUGCCUCCAUUGGGAACUGGUGCAUUUGACGUCAUGGUAGACGACAAGAUGUUGCAACACGCUACUCCUAAUGCAAACCUUAUUACUUCAGGUGUCCAAACAGGUGAUGAUGGUGGAGCUACUCCAUAUAGAGAUUACGAGAUGGACGAUGACAAGAUUCAGUUCGAAGAGGGUGCUGGAUUUUCACCAAUUCAUACUGCAAAUGUUUCAGAGGGUUCUGGUUCUCUCACUUCUUAUGGUGGCCAGCCUUCGAUGACCUCGCCAACUUCGCCAUUCUCAUAUGGAGCUUCGUCGCCUGCAUUUGGUGGUGCAACGUCACCAGGAUAUGGUGGAACCUCCCCAACAUAUUCUCCAACUUCUCCUAGUUACUCACCAACUUCGCCAAGUUACUCGCCCACCUCGCCAAGUUACUCACCAACAUCUCCAAGUUAUUCACCAACUUCGCCAAGUUAUUCGCCAACUUCUCCAAGUUAUUCGCCAACUUCGCCUAGUUACUCACCAACUUCGCCAAGUUACUCACCAACUUCGCCAAGUUACUCACCAACUUCGCCAAGUUAUUCACCAACUUCGCCUAGUUACUCACCAACUUCGCCAAGUUAUUCGCCAACUUCUCCAAGUUACUCACCAACUUCGCCUAGUUACUCACCAACUUCGCCAAGUUACUCACCAACUUCGCCAAGUUACUCACCAACUUCGCCAAGUUACUCACCAACUUCGCCUAGUUACUCACCUACUUCUCCACAAUACUCCCCUACUUCACCAAGUUAUUCGCCAACUUCGCCAAGUUACUCGCCAACAUCCCCACAGUAUUCGCCUACCUCGCCGCAAUACUCGCCGGGAUCUCCGUCUUAUUCUCCAGGAUCACCACUGUACUCCAGUGAGAAGAAGAAGGACGAGGAGAAGAAGUAG